AUGUACGCACGCGUUCGAGAAGUCAUUCCAGCAGAUAUGGCGCGAGUUGACGAAGAAGGGCUGGACCUAAAAGAGAUCAACGGGACUCAGCAACGACCAACGGUACCUGCCACCCGGUGGGAACGUCAAAGGAAAACAAGGCGUCGACUACUUUGUUGGUACGUUUAUUUUAGUGUGUUGAGGUUGCUUACGGCUACUAAACUCCAAUUUACUGGCCAGGUGAAACUAGUUUGCUGCGAUACUACUGCCGCGACGGCUACAGCUACUGCUGCGACGGACCGGACGGCACGGACAGGCACGGCGACUGCUGCGACGGCCACGGCGACUCCUAUGACGACGGACCUGCCACUUGCUCAGGCAGCGGCUAAGCGUCCUGCAGCUACGAAGCCUAUACAAGCGACGAAGGCGACUCCUGAGACUUUCCGGCCGUCUUCACCGAGGACUGCCGUUGCUCCGGCCAAGGUGGCAAGAGCUCCAAGAGCUGCUAGCUAG